CUUACUCUUAAGAAUUUAUAGAUUUAAAAAUUGUAUACAAGGCCAAUGCCAUAAAAUAGUAUUUGGGGUUAAACAAGAAAUUUCUUAAAGUUAAAGGUUGGUUGUGCUUUUUAUUAAAAGUUGAGUUUCCCCUGUUCUAAACCCUCAAAACCCUCUUCUCCUUCGCCGGCCACCUACUCUAUCUCUCUGCAAGUGAAAAUGGCAAUUCGCCAUUAUCAACCUCCAUUCGCCUCCACUUCUUCUUCUAUCUCUAGUACAGAUUUAUUCAAACCCCCUAAACUUCAUCUUUCAUCGUCUGUCCGGUGCAACAUCUCCGUCGCUUCCAAACUGGAACCCGAACCUCAUCCAGUUUUCACCUCCGUUAAGUCAUUCGCCCCCGCCACCGUAGCCAACCUCGGGCCUGGUUUCGACUUCCUCGGCUGCGCAAUCGACGGCAUCGGAGAUUACGUUACCCUCACAGUCGACCCCCAAGUCCAACCCGGCAGAUUAUCAAUUGCAGAAAUCAACGGCGUUGACAAGUCUUCCAAGAGGCUCAGCAGAAACCCUCUAUGGAAUUGCGCCGGAAUUGCUGCAAUCUCCGUCAUGAAGAUGCUCAAGAUCCGAUCCGUUGGCCUCUCUUUAUCCAUCAAUACAUGUCUCCCCCUUCGAGGCGGCCUAGGCUCCAGCGCCGCUAGCGCUGCCGCCGCCGCCGUUGCGGUUAAUGAGAUUUUCGGAGGGAAGUUACAGGAUUCCGAUUUGAUACUCGCGGGGCUCGAAGCUGAAGCGAAGUUAUCCGGUUAUCACGCCGAUAACAUUGCUCCGGCGAUCAUGGGCGGGUUUGUGUUGAUCAGAAGCUACGAUCCAUUAGAGUUGAUCUCCUUGAAGUUUCCACCGGAAAAGAAUCUGUUUUUCGUGUUGGUGAAUCCUGAAUUCCAAGCACAAACGAAGAAGAUGAGGGCGGUUCUACCGACGGAGAUAACAAUGUCGGAUCAUGUAUGGAAUUGUAGUCAGGCGGCAGCGUUGGUGGCAGGCGUAUUGCAGGGGGAUUUGGUGGGGUUUGGGAAGGCAUUGUCAUCGGAUAGAAUUGUGGAGCCACGGCGGGCGCCAUUGCUUCCGGGGAUGGAAGAUGUGAAGAAGGCAGCAAUGGAAGCAGGGGCAUAUGGGUGUACGAUAAGUGGGUCAGGGCCGACGGUGGUGGCGGUGACGGAUGAUGAAGAUAGAGGGAGGGAGAUCGGGGAGAAGAUGGUGGAAGCUUUUGUGGAGAAGGGAAAGUUGAAAGCUUUGGCUAUGGUGAAGAAACUGGACAGAGUUGGUGCUAGAGUUAUCAGUCGUAUCUCCAGCCAAUGAAGAAGAAGAAUAGAAGAUUCAAGCUUUUUCAUGGGGUAGUGGGAUAAACUUGAUAAAGUAUCAAGUUUCAAAUUGAUUACAUGUAAAAUAAUAAUCUGGUUAGCUUUUAAAAUCAUUGAUUCGAAUGACAUAGAUUCAUGGAAA